UUCCAAACCAUGACAAGUCCACUCCCCGGACUUGAAGUGUGAAGUAGACAUGGACCGCCGGACGACGUUCUCGUCCGGGACAAACCCUGUGGGUAGUAUGGUUAUUGUGUCUUGGAUAAAUAUCUCUCCCGCGUCCACCUUCGCCCCACACUAACUUGAUGGGGGCGGGAGCGGCUCAAAUUUUGAGCUUCCCGGCCAUCCGGCCGAUCGGGGACCGUCGGAGUUGCCGGAGAUACUUUUUCACGGCGGAAAAUUCGACUGUCAAUCUCAUUGGUCGCCCACAGUGCGCGGUGAGGCCGGCUGGGAUUCAGAGAUUGCUCUUGCGACGGCAGAUUUGCAGAGCCGCCGACGCGGGAGGCCCGAGCCCGGUUCAUGGGGGUCCAUUAGUUGCACAGAUUUUCAAUAUUCCACGAUUUUUCCUUUAUCCGAUUCGUGUUUGCUUGACAAUGAAGUCGGAAGGUCAUGAUGAUGACAAGUGGAACUCAACUCUGGGGAAGGUGUCAGCAUGUAUUCAACCGGUACUGGAUUUCGCGAUGGCAAACUUUCUACCAAUAGCUUUGCUUAGUGGUAUUUCUUUUGGCUUGGCCAAUCCAAGUCCUGGAUGCCUUGCACAUAAAUAUUCAUUGUCAAAAUUCAGUACAUUCGGCAUAUUCUUAAUAUCUGGGCUGAUGUUGCGUGAUGCUGAAAUAGCUUCCGCCAAAGAAGCCUGGCCUGUAGGACUGUUUGGAGUGGUUUCAAUUCUAGUUUUCACUCCUCUUGCUUCACAACUUGUCUUAAAACUUCAGCUGACACCUCAGGAAUUUGUUACUGGACUGGCUAUAUUUUGCUGCAUGCCCACAACAUUGUCUAGUGGAGUGGCCUUGACCCAGCUGGUUGGGGGUAACUCUGCUUUGGCUCUUGCAAUGACGGUGAUAUCCAACCUCAUGGGCAUAAUGAUUGUACCUUUUACUUUGUCAAAUUUCAUAGCAGCAGGCACUGGAGUAUCUGUUCCCUCAAGGCAAUUAUUCAGGAGCCUUUUUCUCCGUCUUUUGCUUCCCUUGAUUCUAGGAAAGGGAAUAAGGAGCUCCAUUGGUGGUGUUGCAAAGUAUGUCGACCGGAACCGUCAGCUUUUUCCAAUGCUGAGUGCUGUUCUUCUUAGCCUGGUGCCUUGGAUACAAGUCAGCAGGUCCAGAUCCUUGCUCUUGAUGGUUAAACCAACCACAUUUCUUGUUGCUAUUGGGAUGGCAGCAGUAAUUCACCUUGCCUUCUUGUUAUGGAAUACUCUUGCCAUACAAGGCCUGAACAUUGCCUUUGGAAACGAUAAAUUAGUUUUCGCAAAGAAAGAGAAUGCACGUGCUGUUAUACUUGUUGCCAGCCAGAAAACUCUACCGGUAAUGGUAGCUGUCGUAGAGCAGCUUGGAGGAGCAAUGGGGGAAGCAGGAUUGCUGGUUCUUCCCUGUGUUGCUGCACACAUUAACCAGAUAAUAAUCGAUUCAGUUCUUGUAAACUAUUGGCUACGAAAGGACAGAAUAAACAAAGAGUCCAAGGGAGCAUGAUCCGAGAACCAUCUAGGGCAAAUCCAAUAGACACCAGCAUUUUCAGAUGGUCCAUGAAUAAUAGUCUCUGUACCAUCUUGAUGGUGGAAGAGAAACUGGAUGCUUUGAGAGAAGCACAUGGGAAUCAAAUUUGUUGUACAAGUGUCCGUUUUUAGUAUCACAUUUCCACACUCACAUAUUAUAUGCUUGCGCCCACACACAUAAACAGAUGCACACACUGGAAUAUUUGGUAGUAAUGAAGGUAUCAAUCUACUCUUAUGCAAUCUAUUCACAUUACAUGGAUAA